UUGUUUUGGAGGGACCCUAUUGAAUGCCUAGAAAGUCUUUUCUCCAACCCGCCUUUCCACAACAAGCUUGAUUUUACCCCUCGUCGUGUUUACACGACAGCAGCGCAUCUUGUGCGGGUAUACUCGGAAUGGAUGACAGGUGAUGCUGCUUGGGAAAUGCAAGUACGUGCAGCAGUUACAUUUUUUUUUGUCAUCUCAACACGCCUCCUGUAG